UCCAACUUCUCUUUCCCCCGUCUCAUCAUUUCGCAGUACACAGCCAGCCAGCCCAGCCAUCUGUUUUUUCCAUAUCAGGGUUCCUGCCAUCGAUUCAGCCAUAUUUAAAUAACCCAGUCUCGGAAACCAACUCCUCCUCCCUUGUCUUUUUUCCCCUCUCCCGCUGUGCUCUGUUUUUUUGCCAGUCGCAGCAGAGUAGUACUAUUCUUGAAAGCUGCAACCUUCUUUGGAAGUAUUCCCUUCCCUUCUCCCCUGGCUGCUGUUGCUACCCAAAUCCCCCUUUAUUUAUCAUCGCCCUCUUCACCCACAAACUCACUCAGCAGCUUCAUUUCCCUUCUCUUCCCCCCCUGUCUUCUGCUCUGUUUUGAAUUGGGCAAUUAGAGUUAUCACUGUUACAGUUGUGCUCUGUUUUUCACAACCAAGGCUCAAAAGGGUUUUCGAUGGCGGAUUGGUACACCAGGAGAAAUGGGGAUUUCGAGGAAGCAGAUAUCUGGUCCUUCGCUAAACAGAGUGAACCCACCUCUGCUGCUUCCAAGCAAAACAGGAAAUCCUCUGUUUCCUCCUCUGCCGCUCGAAGAGGUACCACAGCUCCUCGAGCCAUCCCAUCCGAAAUCCCCGGCGAAGGGAACUCAACUCCGGUGAUGGCUCACCGCUCCUCUGCUCCGAUGAACAUCCCCGACUGGUCGAAGAUCUACGGCGCCAACAAUGGCGGGUACUACGACGAUUACCAGAACAACGACGAUGCCCACUACGAUGACGACGACGACGACGAUGAUGACGUGGUGCCGCCGCAUGAAUGGCUGGCGAAGAAGCUGGCGAGGUCCCAGAUUUCCUCGUUCUCUGUCUGCGAAGGGAUUGGGAGGACUCUGAAAGGCAGAGAUCUCAGCAAAGUGAGGAAUGCUAUCCUGACCAAAACCGGUUUCCUGGAGUGAAACUCAGAGUUGCAUUAUUAUCAUCAUCAUUAAUUAUUAAUUAAGGGGUUCUUAAUUAUGUUGUUUUUAGCUUAGGUUGAUCGCCCCACAAUUAGGGAGGGGUGGCCCCGGUGGGUAUUUUGUAACCUUGCUCUGUUUAUCUUCUUAAUUUCCUGCCCAAUUAUUGUUGCUAAUUGGUGAUUAGUAGGUUUGCUAUUAGUAGGAGAAGAAGAAGGACUUGUGUAGGGGUGAUUCAGGGGAAGCUGGCUCUGUUUUUUUCUUUUUGGGUUGUUUAUGAAGCUGGGGAGCAGAGCCCCUGAGAUUUUGUCUGGUAGCCUGGCAUCGGAAGGUCGUUUGGAUAAGUGAAAUGAGUAUCGGAUUUGUGUUCAAAUGAAAGGCUAGAACUGUUUCGGUUAUGGUUUUGGGGUCAUCUUUUGGUGUUUGGUAUAGUCGUAAAUCGAAUCGAAAAAUAAAAAAUCAC